AUGGAAUGCUUUGACAAAGCAACUCAGGAGACGCACGCCGUUGGUGACUCCUCCAAAUGGUCACUAAGGCAGCUGGAAGAACAUCUCACAGCACAAGGAGUGGAUUACCCGCUGCUGAUGUCACGCAUCGAGGAUGUGAUCAUCAAAACCCUCAUCGCAGCAGAGCCGCAGAUCGUGAACACCUGGCAUCAGGGAGCCAACUACUCCACCGCCAGCGCGACGGCCAUUCAGCAGGUGACUCCAAACCAAACCUGCUUCGAGAUCUACGGCUUUGAUGUAAUGGUGGAUGAGGAGCUACAGCCUUGGCUCCUAGAGGUGAAUGUCUUCCCGUCAUUUUCUUCGUCAUCACCCUACGACAAGCGCAUUAAGACCCAGCUCAUAGCUGAUGUGUUCACUUUGAUUGGGCUCAUGCCGUACGAUCAUGACACGGUUGAGAAGACGUGCAAGGAAGAGCUAGCCAAGCGACUUCAAGGUUCGUCCAGAAAUCUGGUGAUCAGUCGGUCCCACACAGUCUCAACAAUCAGGACUGCAACUUUCAAGAGCUUUGGAGAGGCGGAGUGGCGAUUGAUCCUGGAGACUUACGAGGAGAACAUGAGACGCGGGCAUUUCACCCGGAUCUUUCCCCGCGAGGGCAGCGGCUUCUACAAGCAGUUCUUCACCACACCCAGGUACUCCAACUUGGUCCUCGAUCGUUGGAUCCAACUGGGUGGAGAGAUUUCCAGUCCCUGUGAGCUUCAGAGCCGUGUAGUAAGUGCUGAAUCACCCGCACCGCAAAGCAUGGUGGUGGGAAAACAGAUUGCUAGGUCUGGCCUGCUGUUUUUUUGGCACAAUGAGAUUGUCCCGUGGCCGUGA